AUGUUCCUCUUCCCUCAUUCCUCCAUCCGUCUCUCGCUCCCAACCCUAUUUGCUCCGGAACCACCGCCGCCGCCGCCGCCGUCUCAACCAUCGCGGCCCCCACGCUUUCGGUUCUGUCCUUCCGCCCUCAGCCAUUCCACUUCCGCGCGCCACUCUCCUUGCGCGCGCCACUCCCCCUCCGCGCUCUAUUCCCCUCUCCGGUCCCCGCUGCUUGCGCGCACCCUUCUCUUCCUUCCGCCACGCGCUAGCGGCUCUCCUACCCCUCGUCCUGCUAACAUCAAUUCUUCUCUCACAGAUAGCACCGACGUGAUCGUAAAGACCAAUGUACGCCUCUCCCUCCGCCUCCCCGCCCUCCCCGCCCUCAUCGCCUCUCCCCCUCUCACAGACACCACCGACGUGAUUCUAAAGACCAAUGUACGCCUCUCCUCUCCCCCCGGCCCCCCUCCCCCGCGCCCGAGUGUCGCCGUGCCUCCCGCUCUCCCCCCGCGCCUCCCGCACUGCCCCCUGCGCCUCCCACGCACCCACGCCCCCUAG